AUGGGAAAAACGCAUAUAUGGGAAAAACGCAAAUAUGGGAAAAAUGCAAAAUGGGAAAAACGAAAAUAUGGGAAAAACGCAUAUAUGGCAAAAACGCAAAUAUGGCAAAAAACAAAUAUGGGAAAAACGCAAAUAUGGAAAAAACGCAAAUAUGACAAAAACGCAAAUUUGGGAAAAACGCCAAUAUGGGAAAAACGCAAAUAUAGGGAAACGCAAAUAUGGGAAAAACACAAAUAUGUGAAAGACGAAAACAUGGGAAAGACGCAAAUAUGGGAAAGACGCAAACAUGGGAAAGACGAAAUCAUGGGAAAGACGCAAAUAUGGGAAAAACGCAAAUAUGGGAAAAACGCAAAUAUGGCAAAAACGCAAGUAUGGCAAAAACGCAAGUAUCGCAAAAAAGCAAGUAUGGCAAAAACGCAAGAAAGGCAAAAAUGUAAGUAUGGCAAAAACGCAAGUAUGGCAAAAACGCAAGUAUGGCAAAAACACAAAUAUGGUAAAAACGCUAAUACAGCAAAAACGCAAAUAUGGCAAAAACGGAAGUAUGGCAAAAUGCAAGUAUGGCAAAAACGGAAAUAUGGCAAAAAUGCAAAUAUGGCAAAUCGCAAAUAUGGGAAAGACGCAAAUAUGGGAAAGACGCAAAUAUGGGAAAAACGCAAAUAUGGGAAAAACGCAAAUAUGGGAAAGAUGCAAAUAUGGGAAAGACGCAAUUAUGGGAAAGACACAAAUAUGGAAAUGACGCAAAUAUGGGAAAACCGCAAUUAUGGGAAAAAAGCAAUUAUGGUUAAAACGCAAUUAUGGGAAAAACGCAAUUAUGGGAAAAACGCAAUUAUGAGAAAAACGCAAUUAUGGGAAAAACGCAAAUAUGGGAAAAACGCAAUUAUGGAAAAAACGCAACUAUGGGUAAAAGGCAAAUAUGGGAAGAACGCAAAUAUGGGAAAAACGCAAAUAUGGGAAAAACGCAAAUAUGGGAACAACGCAAAUAUGUGA